AUGCUGCUGCGGCGGAUGCCAAUCCCAAAUAUCCCGUGCGUCUGGCGAUUUUGUGGGCCGGGUUCGCGGGCAUCUUCGCCGCACCUCGCAGGUCAGGCCCUGGACGAGGAUGCUGUUCGCAGAAGGGCGAAAAAAAAUCCAUAUAAAGCACGGAAGGGUUUGCCCCCUCGGGCUUUUGAGGCGAUUGUAAGCGCUGCCGGUGGGAACGGGGAAUCAAUCCCACCCCCACCCCGCAGAAAACCUUUGAACACCCCAAAAAACAUGAAAGAGAUCCAAGUUGCCUUCCUGCCCGAAGACCCCUUUCAGAAGCAGCAAUUUAAAGAUUCUUUUGGAGAGCGAUCACCCUCAGCACUCGGGAAGUGGUAA